GCCUAUCCUUGGAAUAACCUUCAAUUGAGUCACCCCCUCGUGUCAAGAUGACUGCCGCCGAGUCUGUGAAGAGUGCCGUUGGGCUUGCGGAUAGCACCGCUGCCUCCCGCCAGGAAAUGUCGGAUGCUCGUCUUCCCCUCCAAUACCGCGACUCUUGCGCAGGCCUCCUGAUCCCAUUGAACCGCUGCCGCCAGCAAGAAUACUACCUUCCCUGGAAGUGCGAGGACGAGAGACACAGCUACGAGAAGUGCCAAUACGAGGAGUUCAAGAAGCGUGUUGCUAAGAUGGAAGAGCUCCGCGCCGCUAAGGGUGGUGCCCGGAGCAACUAAUGAUACCACAAAUAUCGGCACGGCAUUCGAGACGAGCGAAGGAGCGGGUUAUGUACAUAGAGAUUCUGAGAUUGUUUGUCCAUGCACCGACAUUGGCGUUGGGAAUCAUCCAAGACUAGGCUUGCCGUCACCACACCUGCGAAAACCAGAACGGUCGAUUGGCUAACCAGUAGCAUCAACCGUACUUUUGGGGUUGUUCGGCUCCGACGCUGCUUGGGAGGUCUGGGUGGUGAAAUCGUUAGCCACCCUCCCUCAAAAAGACAGCACUGAUUUCUUCGGGCCAGAAGGGACUCGGAUCUGUCCCACCUUUCAACUUUGCAACAUAAUGAGAG